CUCUGUAGGCGUCUCCCUUUGUGAGGAAGAGGGGAAGCAGAAGUUAGAACAGACUAAAAACUUUUUACUUCACCACUAAAUAUUUUGGAUACUAAUUGGCUAGCACUGGCCAGCAUAGGUUGUGAGUAGAUCGCACUUGUCAUUUCAUUUCGUGGGUGCCGACCAUUUAGCUGGUGGUGGCAAGAUGUCUCUGGGGUCUGUAUAUCAACACAAACUGGCAGAGAAGCUUAUGAUACUGAAUGACAGAGGCAAAGGGGUCCUGAUCCGUAUUUACAACAUCAAAAAGACAUGUUCAGAAACAAAGACAAAGCCACCUUUUUUCACUGAGAAGUCAAUGGAAUCAUCUAUUAAAUACAUUAACAAGAAAUUCCCCAAUAUUGACGUGAGAAGCAGCACGCAACACCUUGGCCCAGUUCACAAAGAGAAAUCAGAGAUUGUGAAAUGCCUAUCAAGCUACUAUUUGUCAUUUGUGGAUGUCAUGGAAUUUCGGGAUCAUGUCUAUGAGUUGCUGAAUACCAUUGAUGCCUGUCAGUGCUACUUUGACAUUAACAUUAACUACAGCUUUACCAAAAGUUACCUGGAUUUGAUAGUGACAUACUUCUCUGUCAUUUUGUUGAUGUCCCGUAUCGAAGACAGAAAAUCACUAGUAGCUCUUUUUAAUUGUGCAUCUGAAAUGCUGCAAGGGCACAGUGACCCAACCUAUGCCAGGUUGGCCCAAAUGCUACUGGAAUAUGACAACCCACUAAAAAAGCUAAGUGAGGAAUUUGGACCCCAUACAAAGACAGUGACCGAGGCUCUGAUGUCUCUACGCUUUCUCUUCUGCCGGAGGACACAACCAGCAGACCAGUGGAGAGGGGCCCAGCUCUUGAGCCUUCUUAGCAAUCCAGCUUCUAUGAUUGACCCAUCUAGUUCUGACACAAUGCCAUGCGAAUAUCUCUCCGUUGAGACAAUGGAAAGAUGGAUUGUGAUUGGAUUCUUGCUGUCUCAUGGCUUUCUGAACACAGUCCCGGCCAGCAUGGAGCUUUGGAAAUUGGCUCUUCAGGGUUCCCAUUGUAUCACACUCAUCCGGGAUGAGAUUCUCUUCAUACAUCGUGUUACAGAGGACUUCUUUGGCAGCAUAAAAGGGUAUGGGAAACGUGUGGCAGAUGUGAAAGAGUGCAAAGAACACUUUAUGACACACUGUGGCCAGUUUCAUCGUGCCAGACGCUUCUUUCUAAGAAGUGCUGUCAAGGAGUUGGAAGCCAUUUUGUCUGAUGAACCUGGACUUUUGGGACCCAAGGCACUUUUUGCAUUUAUGGCUCUGUCCUUCUGCCGGGAUGAGAUUAAUUGGCUGGUACGUCAUGCUGAAAACAUCACCAAAACAAAGACACCAGAAGAUUACGUGGAUGUACAAAUUGCAGAACUGAUCUUUUACGUGGAGGCGAUUCGGGCAAUAGUAAAGAAGCAUCUGUCUGUCAUACAGAAAUACCACAUUCAGUAUCUGGCUCGGUUUGAUGCUUUGGUUCUGAGUGAUGUCAUUCAGAAUCUGACUGUCUGCCCAGAAGAAGAAUCUGUGAUCAUGUCAUCAUUUGUUAGCACCUUGUCAGCACUCAGUGUAAAACAAGUUGAAAACAAAGAAACAUUUGAUUUUUGCGCUCUGAGACUUGACUGGUUCCGGCUGCAGGCUUAUACAAGCAUAGCAAAAGCCCCACUUUCCCUGCGGGAUAACCCCGACUUAGGCAAAGUGAUGAAUCUAAUCAUGUUUCACAGCUGGAUGUUGGACUCAGUGGAAGAGCUUCUUGUGGAGACAUCUGACCUCUCAGCCUUUUGCUUUCAUGUACGCACAUUUGAGAAGAUGUUCUUGAUGACAAUGGAAGAGCCUUCUGCUUUGCGUUAUUCGAUUGCCUUUCCUCUGAUCUGCUCCCACUUCUCCAGUUCCAUUCAUGAGAUGUGCCCAGAGGAGUACCCACAUCUUAAGAACUGCAGCCUAGGAUUCUGCAACAACUUCUUGGAUGAGAUGAGCAAGCACGCCAGUAACUGUGCGAUGGACAUCUGUGCUGAGCAGUGCAACCUCAGUGAGAAGCUGCUUCCAAAGCACUGUGCUGCCACAAUCAGCAAAGCCAGAAACAAGAGGCUAAAAAAGCCACCUCCAAAGAGGGCAGAGCCAGAAAGGGAAAAGCCAGGCGCAGAAAGCCAAAGACGCGACCGCAGUGUUACUACAAACUUGGACAAAUUGCAUCUGACUCUGUGUGAACUCUCCAUGGCACUGAACCAUGUGCGAAGUAUUCGUGUGUUUGAGCAUGUGGUCACCCCAGCAGAAUACCUGAGUUCCCACCUUGAGAACCGAUUUGGGAGGGCUUUAGUUAAUAUGGUGAACUUCAAACAGACAACGAGAGAAAUUCUGCGCCCAUCUGAGGUCCUGCAUGGGAUGCGUUCUUACCUAAGUACCCUUAAGUCCAUUGGUCACUUGGUAAACAUAGAUGUGACGCGUAUUAUACGGAGCAGCUUGUUACAGCAGACACAGCCAACUGAUGCCAAUGGGGAACCAACCAUCACUGCUUUGUAUACUAACUGGUACCUGGAGUGUCUUCUCCGCCAAGCCAGCGCAGGGUUUAUUAUCUAUUCACCAGCAAGGAGAACCUUCAUGGACCUACCGACUGAGAUGAGUGGUGAACAAGGCCUUAAUGCCGAGGAAUACUCCGACGUGUCAGAAAUGAAAGCUUUAAGUGAGCUGAUUGGCCCUUAUGGAAUGAAGUUUUUGAGCGAAAAUCUGAUGUGGCAUGUAACCUCCCAAAUUGUGGAACUUAAGAAACUGGUUAUAGAGAACAUGGAUGUGCUGGUACAAAUCCGCUCGAACUUCAGCAAUUCAGAACUUAUGCCGUCCCUUCUAGCCAAGCUCUCCUCUCCUGAGAAUUUGCUAAAAAGAAUGACAAUUAUUGGUGUUAUCUUAUCUUUUCGGGCUUUGACACAGGAAGGUCUCAGAGAGGUGUUUGCUCAUCAUUGCCCAUUUAUAAUGAGUCCCAUUGAAUCGCUGAAGGACCUGGUGAACCCUGAUAUUGAUAUUCAGGUGACUCUGAGCAUUUUUGAACUGGCAACUGCGGCGGGUGUGCCCUGUGAUGUAGACCCAAGCCUGGUUGCCGCUCUCUCAAACAUUAAAACAGACAGUGCUUCCCUAGAGGAAGAGUACAAGGUAGCUUGCCUGCUGCAGGUCUUCCUAGCGGUAUCUCUUCCCCUGCUGGCCUCAGAUCCAAUGUCAUUUUACAGCAUUGAAAAUGAUGGUUACAAUAACAACAUUCACUGCUUGGCCAAAGCUAUUAUCCAGGUGUCUGCUGCCCUCUUUACUCUCUACAAUAAGAACAUUGAGACCCACCUAAAGGAAUUCCUGUUGAUGGCAUCAGGGAGCCUGCUACAACUUGGGGAGGAAACUGAUAAAUCAAAAGCCAGAAAUCGAGAGUCGAUACUGAUUCUGCUGCAUCUUAUUGUAGAAGAGUCUUCAUUCCUGACAGUGGACAUGCUGGAAUCCUGCUUCCCUUAUGUUCUGCUCCGCAAUGCCUACCAUGAAGUCCACAGAGCUUUUCCUACUGUUACUUAGGCCUGAGAAAGCCAAGACUUGCCUGCCAGAGCAACUAGAACAUGUUGGUGGUUUUGCCAUCCACUCUAUAAUAUAAAGAUAAAAGUCAUGGUAAAAUAAUUAAAAUGGCCCAGGCACAUUACAUAAUUCUGACAUGGGAAAGUCUAUUUAUCAAAAUUCAAAUUUGUAACAUUUUUGAAUUUUUCAAAUAAACUCGAAAUUUUGCCAAACUCGAAUGUUUGCUUAAAAUUUAAAUAUAAAAAAAUGAUAAAACCAUAACAGAGACCUUAAAUGACACAUUUUCAAUGGGUCUACAAACCUCCAAAAAUUUUGAAAAUCUGGAAUAAAAUUUGACGUGGGGCCCCAUUAACCCAUUAACAUUAACUCGCAAGAUUUUAAAUUCAAGUUUUUUGUGCUUAAUAAAUACCAAACAUUCGAGUUUUUAAAACAAUAAAAAUUAAAUUGCGGCUAAAAUUCCAAAUCAUUAAACAAUCACCUACGUAGUAUGGCAGCUGCUACAUAAUCAGUAGAAGAAGAAGGGUAACAGAAAGAGGCACUAAAUUAGUGCUUUCUUUCAUCCUCUGACUUGCAAUUGACAGAAGAAAAUUAACUGCUGGUUGGUUGCUAUUGGCAACUGCACUGGUGCAAUUUAGUAUCCGCGUUAGUAAAUGUGCCGCUUUGAUAUAAAAUCUCAUAUAAAACUUAUGCAGAGUAAAAUGUACUUUUUGCUAUUAAUUAAAUACUGGUCCCUGAUCAGUAAUGAUGAUCACACACAUAUAUAACAUAUCACUCUCAUUUGUGGCUAAUUAUAUUUUCCUAAAGACAAAAUUAAUGAACUGUGCUACACAACAUUAUUAAAAUGCAGAAAACAUAA